GGUCAACAGACCUCGUUUCCUUAUUACUGUAGACUGAGGUUCAGAGACUGUGAUUCAAGCCUCUAAUCCCUAGGUAUUCUCAAGUUGAACUGUUUAAUAAUUGCUACAAAAUACAACAGUUUGCGCUACUAAUGUCCUUCAAAGAAAGGGAUUUGCUGUAUCGUCUUAUCAUUAGUCAACUGUUUUAUGAUGGUUUUCAGACUAUGGCUGUUAAUCUGGUUAAUUUAGUAAGUCCUUCAGCGGCAUGUGGUCCAUCCAAUCGCCUAUUCCGUCUCGUAAAACUUGGCCUUUCUGCUUCUGAAGAUGAGCAUGAAAAGUCAGGCGUUAUUGAAGGUGAAAGUAUUGCCCCAGGCACGGGAAUCGAUCUGGAAGUUGAGAGUGAAAGUUCUACAAUGGCUCCUGAGGCAGCUCUAUAUGAAACUUGUUAUGUAACGGCACAUAAGGCAGCCUGUCGUGCAGCAUCCUUUAAUAGCACAGGUCAGUUAGUUGCAACAGGAUCUCAUGAUUCUUCGAUCAAGAUACUUGAUGUUGAACGAAUGCUAGCCAAAAGUGUCUCACCAACUGACCAUUUAGGUCAAGAGACACCUCAACAACAAAUGGAGACUCAUCCAGUUAUACGAACACUUUAUGAUCAUACAGCUGAAGUUACAUGUGUAGAUUUCCAUCCAGAUCCAACGCUGCAAAUCCUUGUUAGCGGAAGUAAAGAUUAUACAAUCAAACUGUUUGACUUCUCAAAUCCAUCUGUUAAAAAAGCUCAACGAAAUAUUCCGGAAGCUUCCCCAAUACGAACUUUACAUUUUCAUCCAUCUGGUAACUUUUUACUUGUUGGCACUCAGCAUAAAACACUUCGUUUAUAUGAUGUACAAACCUGUCGUUGCUAUGUAUCCGCCGUUCCAGAAGACCAACAUCUUAGUGCAGUUAAUAUGGUUCGGUGGUCACCGAAUGGAACUGCCUUUGUUACUGCUGGGAUGGAUGGCAGCUUCAAGAUUUGGGAUGGAGUUUCAUGUAGAUGUGUUAACACAUUUGAAGCUGCACAUGAUGGUGCACCUGUGUGUUCUGUAGUUUUUUCACGUAAUGGAAAAUAUAUCCUUAGUUCCGGUAAAGACAGUGCAGUUAAACUAUGGGAAUUGGCCACUGGACGAUGUCUUAUAACCUACACUGGAGCAGGUACAGUAGGACAUCAAACACACAGAUCAAUGGCUGUCUUUAAUCACACAGAAGAUUAUGUACUAUUCCCAGACGAAGCAACAAAAAGCCUGUGUUGUUGGGAUUCACGUAAUGCUGACAGACAGCGUUUAUUAGCCCUUAAUCAUAACGGGCCAAUUCGAUGUUUUGUACAUUCACCAACAACAGCGGCAUUUAUGUCCUGUAGUGAUGAUAAUCGUGCAAGAUUUUGGUAUAAACGUCCUAUAUCAGACUGAAAUGAUUGUAACCAUAACAUUGGACAGACUGCUUUAUUUUGUACAAACCAAACUGUUUUAUCAUUGAUUGUUUAAAAAGAGAAAUAAAGCAUUGUUAAUUGUUAAACUAACAUUUUAUUCAAAUUAAGUAGACAUUCUUUUACAUGACUGAAAAUGACUGGUGAAGAAAUAAAUAAAACUAAACAAUCGAAUUUGUGUUUGAUCACCUACUUUAAACUAACAAUCAAAUAAUAUUAAUAAUUUGUUUAUCUUCAAUGUUAACCAGCUUGUCGGGUGAUUUUUCUUGCUGAUUCAACAUUCAAAGGUAAAUUGUAUUUUUUCCAUACCAUACAUAAAGAAUCCACUAGUUCUUCAGUUAGUUUAUCUGUAUGAUGCGGUGUGGGUGCAAUACGCAAACGUUCAUCUCCUAUGUCUACAGUUGGGUAAUUUAUCGAUUGCACAUAUAUAUUAUGUUCGGAUAACAGUUCUUCUGAUAUUUUCGUACAUAGUUUCGCUUCACCGACCUAUUAAUACAGAUAAAUUAUAAAACACUUAUAAUAGUGUAAAAAUCAAAUAAUUAAAACUGUAUACAUAUUUCUAUAAAUGAAAAUGUGAAACACUAACAG